AUGGUCCUCAAGGCUACUUCUAUCCACACCAACUUCCUUUCGAGCGGCGAGCAGUACACCACCGACGACGCCUCCUCCUCUGCAACACCAGCGCAGACCCAGGACGAUGCUCAGGUUGCUCCUUCUCGCCCAACUCAGUCCCGCAAGAACAGCCUUUGGAGCCGCAAGAGCAGAGAGCAGCCUCGCAAGGAAGCAGCUGUACCCGAGGGCGCCAAGGAUGACAACAUCAUUCUCGUCGUUUGGGAUGGUGACCAGGACCCCGAGAACCCCAUGAACUGGUCCAUCGGUCGCAAAUGGCUCACUACCGCCUUGCUCUGCUCCAUGUGCCUCUUCAUCGGUCUCGCCACCGCCGCCUUCUCGGUCGGUAUCGGUCCCAUGGCUCAGGAGCUUGGUGUCUCCAACGAGGUCGGCCAAGUCGGCAUGCUCCUUUUCAACGGUGCUUUCUCCAUCGUCCCGCUCUUCCUUGGCCCUCUUUCCGAGUUCGUCGGCCGCAACCCUAUCUACCUGGGAUGCUACGCGCUCUUCACCGUCUGGUUCAUCCCUCUCGCUUUGGCCAAGAACAUCCAGACCGUUCUCGUAGCUCGAUUCCUCAGUGGCGCAUUCGGUGCUGCGGGCACCACCAUCAUCCCUGGAACCCUCGCCGACAUCUGGAAGACUAGGGACCGCGGUCUUCCUGUCGCUCUCUUCUCCCUCGUCGCUGUGGCCGGUACCGUCGGUGCUCCUCUCUACUGUGGCUACAUUCUGCAGGAGAAGGGAUGGCGAUGGAUUCAGUGGGUUCAGCUCAUCGUCAACGGUGCCGUCGUGAUCCUCGAGUUCCUGCUCCUUCGUGAGACUCGUGGCUCGGUCAUCCUCGCUCGUAGGGCUCAGAGGCUGCGAAAGGAGACCGGCGACCAGCGGUACCGUGCUCCGUCCGAGCUUGAGGCUCCUUCGCUCAAGGCGCUGCUACACGCUUCGACCACGCGAGCUGCUCUCUUGCUCGUCUCGGAACCUGUCGUCUUCUGCUUCUCGCUGUACAUCGCCUACGCCUGGGCGCUGAUCUUUGCCUUUUUCGCCGCCAUCCCCAUCGUCUUCCAGGAGAUCCACGGCUGGGGUGUUGGCAACGGUGGCCUCGCCUACAUCGGUCCUCUGAUCGCCUGCUUCCUCGCCUUCGGUCUCUCUUUCCACGGCAAGUACCUUUACGACCGCGCCCAGGCACGCAACGGCGGCGUCGCUGUCCCCGAAGCUCGUCUCUACUAUGCCGCAGUCGGUGGCAUCUUGGCCACCAUCGGCAUGUUCAUCUUCGCCUUCACUUCGUACCAGCACGUUCACUGGAUCGCCCCCGAGAUCGCCCUCGUGCCCCUCGUCAUGGGUAUCUACCAGAUCUUUGAGGCCAUCCAGAACUAUCUCGCCGAUGCGUACGGUUCCGAAUACGGCGCUUCCGCGAUCUCGGCGCAGGGCUUCGUGCGCAACGCGCUCGCUGCAUCGUUCCCGCUCUUCUCGACCCAGAUGUUCCACAACCUCACCGUGCCUUACGCAGGAUUGCUACUGGCUUGUCUGCUUGCGCUGGCGGUGCCCCUGCCGUUCGUGCUUAUCAAGUACGGUGCUCAGAUCCGCGCUAGGUCGAAGUACGCCGCUUCGGACGACACGGAGGAUGGUGGACCCGUGAUCGGCGCUCGACGGGGUGAUGUCGAGAACAAGGUGGGGAUGAGCAACUCGAUGUCUUCGGUGGACACGACGCGCGUGCACACGCCGAUCAAGGGCAUGGAGGAUGCCGAAAAGGCCGGCGCGAAGGGUGAGAAGGUCGAGACUGCGGAUGGUCAGGCUUAG